ACCUCUGACCUGCAGCAGAUGUUUGGUUUCCUGCAGGUUUCAUCCUCUGGUCAUUAAUCUUGAUCUCUGCUUCUGUGUCCAGGUUGUUCUCCUGAUGGUCUGAGGUUCUGCUGGGUCAGCAGGUCCGUCUCUGAUUCAGCCUUUAUAAUGACUUCAGUAUUUCCGGGUCGAUCCAGAACCACAGGGCAAGUGGUUGAAUCAGGUCCAGAAACCGUUUCUGUCCACGGUUCUGAUCUGUGUUGGUUCUUCUAGAACAGUCCAGACCCGGUCCAGGCGGAUCGGUGCCUCAUCCUGAUCAAGCUCUGGGCGACUGUGGGCAGUAAGAACCAGGAGGAACCAGCUGACCCGGCCAGGUGGAGGAGGUUCUGGAGAACCUUACCGCUGGACCUGCGUUACGUCUGGUGCUGACCCAGACACGGAGCGGUUCUGCUGACGUCAGCAGCUCUGAGCUCAGCCAGGAAAACCUGCCAUUAUGGAGGCUGUUUGUCUGCAGGCGGCCAUUAAUACUGAGGACUGAGAAGUAACAAAUACCAGUCUUCCUCUCGUCUCGCUUCCAGACGCAUCAAACCAGCAAAGAUGAUGGAUGAAGAAGCUACGAAGCGCUACGUCCGGCCCACAGAGGACGGACCGCACCAGAACCCAGCUGAGAGUAAAGCUCAGGGUCACCAGGAGGAGAGAGAGAUCAGCGUUCUGCCACGCAGGAGGACGGACGAGGACGAGGACAGGAUGAGGACGUUGGACUUGUCUUCGUCCUGCUGUGUCAGACUGAAGGACAGAUGUCCGCGACCAAACGGUUUCCUCAACCUGCUGCUAACCAAAGCGUUCCUGCUGGUUCUGCUGUUCGGAACCGUCUGGUCCAUAACGGGUCAGGAGUGUCUUCCUGGAGGGAACCUGUUUGGGAUCGUCAUCCUGUUCAUCUGCUCCGUUCUGGGAGGGAAGCUGCUGGGUCUGAUCCACCUGCCGACGCUGCCCCCCUUCCCUCCACUGCUGGGAAUGCUGCUGGCCGGCCUGCUGCUGCGUAACGUCCCGUACGUCGGCGCCGCCGUCUUCAUCAGCCCCCACUGGUCUGCGGCGCUGAGGAACGUGGCCCUGUCCGUCAUCCUGACCAGAGCCGGCCUGGGCCUCGACCCAUCGGCGCUGCGCCGCCUCAAAGCGGUGUGUGUGCGUGUGGCGGUGGGGCCCUGCGUGCUGGAGGCCUGCGUCGUCGCCGUGGUUUCUCACUUCCUGCUCGGCCUGCCCUGGAUCUGGGGCUUCAUCCUGGGCUUCGUUCUGGCCGCCGUGUCUCCGGCCGUCGUUGUUCCUUCGAUGCUGCUGCUGCAGAGGGAAGGAUACGGAGUGGAGAAGGGAAUCCCGACGCUGCUGAUGGCUGCUGGCAGCUUUGAUGACAUCCUGGCCAUCACCGGAUUCUCCACCUGCCUGGGAAUCGCCUUUUCCACGGGCUCCACCUGGAUGAACAUCCUCAAAGGUCUGCUGGAGGUGGUGGGUGGAGUCGCAGCCGGGCUGAUCCUGGGUCUGCUGCUGUGCCUCUUCCCCAGCAGUGACCAGGAGGACCUGGUGCUCCGGAGGACGCUCCUCCUGGUGGGCCUCUCCGUGUUCUCCGUCUUCUUCAGCCAUGUUGUUGGCUUCGCCGGAGCCGGCGGCCUCUGUACGCUGGUGCUCUCCUUCCUGGCUGCUCUGGGCUGGAAAACCGACAAGGCUCCGGUGGCAGCCAUGGUCGGUCGCUGUUGGGACGUUUUCCAGCCGCUCCUGUUUGGUCUGAUUGGAGCUGAGAUCACCGUCACGUCCCUCAACCCCGACACUGUGGGGCUGGGCGUGGCCUGCAUCCUGAUUGGUCUGCUGGUCCGUCUUCUCGUCACCUUCCUGCUGGUCCAUCUCGGAGGUUUCACCCUGAAGGAGAAGCUCUUCAUCGCCGUGGCCUGGCUGCCCAAAGCCACCGUUCAGGCGGCGAUCGGCUCCAAGGCGUUGGACCUGGCGCGGGACGAAGGCGAUGAGACCUUGAUCCAGUUUGGUCUGGACGUGCUAACGCUAGCGGUGCUAGCUAUCCUGAUCACGGCUCCCAUCGGGGCGCUGGGGAUUGGACUGGCUGGGCCGCGCCUCCUGGCCCGACAGGUCAAAGCAGGUGAGACGGAGAGGGAAGCCCCGCCCACCUGCCCUGACGCACCUGCUGAGGAAAAGAGUCACGUGAUCAUUGAGAGCAAAGUGUGACGGUUCUGACCGGUCCAACCGAUCAGAACCAGCCCAGUUCUCCCAGCAGGACAAACCCAUCUGCUGGAUCACGAACGUCGGGACGAAGAAAAAACAGAAACAAAAAUCUCCUCGUUCCUGGAUGUUUUCUUCUUUAUGUUUGAUUUUUAUUGUUUUUUUAAUAAAGAUUUAUUCUGCUGUCAGUAAAAAAUUACUAAUAAUUUGAGCUCAUUUAGUGUUUAUUAUUGGAUGUUUUUAACUUUAUUAUUUCCGCUGAGGAUAGAAAUGAACUUUGUUACAGAUGAGAGGAAACAGUUUGUUUUAUUGUGGAGGGAACUACAGGAAGUGGAGUCGCUCUGCGGUCAGGCUGAGGCUGAAGCUGCAGGCGUCUACAGGAACCGAUUCUGGGUCAGAACCGCUCCGUCCACCAGACCAACACCUCCUCAUUUAAAACACCCUGAGAUCAGAACCGGGUCAAACUGGUACCAUGUUCAGGAAAACCAGGCAGGAAGACUGGGACUGUUGGGAGAAGG